AUGUCUCUGGACCUGGGAAAUCCGACCCGCGGCGCGUCCGACCGACCCUUUUCGCAUAAGCAAACGCACGCUAGAGGAGCCGAGGCUGGAUACGCAAAACGGCCGGCAAAGGGCGACCAGGGGAAAAAAAGAAGGUUCUCAGUAUCCGGGAUUCUUGUCCGAACAGCCAUCCAAUUGAAGUUCUGGGUUUGUUACAUUAAGCAACGACAUCGCCCUGUCUUGAGUUUUUGGUACCUGCUUGCCUACGACGAAUUGCGAAGACAGUUGCCGAUGACGACACAGGCCCAACCGAAAGCUCCCAGGAAGCUCCAUACGCAGACGGUCGACGAGAUGGCGGGACGCGUGAGGCAUCCGAUUGACCAGGCGGCGCUGGAGCGGUACAUUGAGAAGAACGUCCCGGAGAUCAAGACGCCGAUUGAGAUCAAGCAGUUCGGUUUCGGCCAGUCCAACCCGACCUACCAACUCACCUCCGCGACCUCGACGCGCUACGUCCUGCGCAAGAAGCCUCCCGGAAAGCUGCUCUCCAAGGCGGCGCACAAGGUCGAGCGCGAGCACCGCAUCAUCCACGCCCUCGAGCCGACGGACGUUCCCGUCCCGCGCGCGCUGUGCCUGUGCGAAGACGACGCCGUCGUCGGCACGCCGUUCUACAUCAUGGAGUUCCUCGACGGGCGCAUCUUCGAGGACGCGGCGAUGCCGGAGGUCGCGGACCCGGCGGAGCGCAAGGCGCUGUGGCGCGCGGCGACGCAGACUCUUGCGAAGCUGCACCGCGUCGACCCGAAGAGCGUCGGGUUAGAGGGGUACGGGAAGCGGGACGGGUUUUACGAUCGGCAGAUUGCGACGUGGACGACGAUUUGCGAGAGCCAGGCGGCGGCGGAGGAUCGGGAGACCGGGGAGAGGGUGGGGGAUUUGCCGCAUUUUGGGGAGAUGAUUGGGUUUUUCAAGGAUAAGGCGGCGCAGCCGAGGGAUCGGGGCACGUUGAUCCAUGGGGAUUUCAAGAUUGAUAAUAUUGUGUUUCAUAAAACGGAGGCGAGGGUCAUUGGGGUUCUCGACUGGGAGAUGUCAACAGUAGGCCACCCGCUCUCGGACCUCUGCAACUUCCUGACGCCGUACUUCACGGCCUCGCGCGGCAACUCGGGCGUGUACGCGCACGAGGGGUUCCUCGCGGGCGCGACGCCGGGCUUGCCGAGCGUGGAGGAGAUCGUGGGGUGGUACGCCGCCGAGGCCGGGUGGGACCCGGCGCCGGAGCUCAACUGGGGCAUGGCGUUCAACGUGUUCCGGCUGUCGGCGGUGCUGCAGGGGAUCGCGGCGCGGGCGGCGCAGGGGCAGGCGAGCAGUGAGCAGGCGAAGCGGUACGCGGUCACGCGCGGCCCGCUGGCGGAGUUUGCGUGGGAGCUGGUGGGGAGGAGUAUGGAGCAGGGGAAGAAGGGGAGGGCGAAGUUGUAG